UCGUGCUUUUUGUUUGUUGUUUUUACUGUAUUUUGGGUUUUUGUCUUUUUUUUCUUAUUAUGCUGUCUCAAUAGAAGAUUAUCUGUUUUGGGUCUCAAUAUUUUGAACUUUAUGAUGUCUUUCUUUAAAUUUCUUGGUUUUGAAAAAUGGGUUGUGAUUGGAAUCAUGUAAUUCAAGGUUAUUUCCUCUGUUUGUCUCUCUCUUUUUGUGCUUUUGAUCUUUCUAAAGUUUGUUCUUUUACUUAUGAAAAAUAAAGUAAUUGUGCAGUCUAGUCUGGAAUGAUUGGUUAUGUGGUUUUUAAGAAAUAUGUUUACUUCUCUACAAAAACAAUGAAAAUGAUACAAAAUAUUUCAUGGCAAUUUUUUUUUUAAGUGGAACCAAACAUAAACAUGUGUACAAAUCAUCAUUUUCCUUAUUAAAUGUCGUCCUUUAAUAUCUUGUAGAUGAAUUAUCCAUGUUUUAAUUUGCUCAUAACGCAGAUACAUGUAUGUAUUUGUGUGUAUAUUUGUAUUAUUUAUGCUCGUGUGAUAGGAGGGGUGGAUGAGUCAUCCUUCCAAAAAAAAAAAAAUUAAGGAAGAUGUUUCCUUCACUUUUUGGGUGGUUAAAUUGAAGAGCCGGUACAAAGGAUUGUUGAGGUGACACUUACCUUUGUUUGAUAAGGGCAGUAUUUUUUUACUAAUAUAUACAAAGGCUAGGUGGGGAAGUAAAAUUAAUGAUAGACCAAUAGGCGGGGAAGUAAAAUUAAUGAUAGAACAAUAGGCUUCUCUGGUACAAAUAGGUUAAGGAAAAAAAAAUAUAUAUAUAUAGGGUUCAUUGCUCCGGCACAGAAUAAAGGCUUCUUGUUGGUAAUCUGUCAAGUCAAGGUCUAUCAUAGUGUGUAAAAGUUGUGACACCUUAUACAGCCUCAAUCUAUCUAAUGGUCUGGUCUGGUUGUGGUUAUGUCCCAAAUAAUUGAAGGUCAAAAAAGGUAUUAUACAUUUAUGAGGCAGUUUUUCUUUCUUUUCUGGCCAAUUAUGGACUGAUGAAAAAAGAGGGCGGAUUUCUCACUUCUUGCUUCCUCCAUCUCUUCCCUUCCUUACAGUGGAAGCAUCCAUCCUUCCUUUCUUCCACCAUUCCUUCCUUCUAACCAAACAAAGCAUUCGUGUCACGACACACAAAUUCUUUUUUCCUCCUUAGAACGAGUCUUUGGUUCUCUUGUAGAUUUAUUAUCCAAGCUUCAAUUUGCUUAUGUGUGUGUGUGUGUGUAUAUAUAUAUAUAUAAAUGUAUAUACUACUUCCAUUAGAAUAAUAAUCUAAUCUUAGGAGUUAGGACUGGACUAAAGGGGUGCUGGCAAGGCACACAGAUUCAUUCCCCCAAUCUUCAUUGAGUAGAAAUUACUGCCGUUUCACAAGACCAGUGAUCAUUUCGACCAUCUGAUUCUGUCUGAAAAGUGCGAGCUUGUUUAACUGGUCCAAGUAAAAAUGGGUCUGUCUAAUUAUCCGACUCCAGCUGAAGGAGGAGUGCUAAUUGUAAUCCUGGUAAACACGGUCAUAUCAAUUUCCAUUGUCAAAGACAUAGUCCUCUCCAUCCUUCAUGUCAUGGGAAUCCGUCUCACAUCAUGGGAAGAACAUUCAAUUGAAAGCCCUGCAGACUCAUAUGAAUGCCAUGGAAGCCCCUCAACAACCUACAUGGAGGAGUUCCGGAGACGGACACCAGCAAUUCGGUUUGACUCAUUGUGUAGCUGUGGGCCAUCUGAACAAGAGUGCUCCAUUUGCCAAACUGAGUUUGAACCAGAUGCGGUGAUAAACUACCUAUCAUGCGGUCAUGUUUUCCACAAAUUGUGCUUGGAGAAGUGGCUGAAGUAUUGGAGAGUCACGUGCCCUAAUUGCAGGACUCACAUGAUGCCCCAAGAGGUGGAGGAAGAUACUUGUCCAAUGUGAAUUAGUUCUAGGAAAUACUCCCUAAGGAAGUUUUGUUGUACAGCGUAGUAGUCAUACAGUCAAUAUGGUUGCAUGCAUCAUCUGGGACAUGGUUAUGUGCUUGUUUUAGGUGCCACUAUAGUGUGUAUUAGGUGAUGGGUCUGUGUGACCAAAAGUUAUAUUGUACAUAUUUUGGUAGGUUUCUGAAGUUCUAUGCAUUUUGAGCUUAGGUUUGUAAAAAGUUUCCUCUUUGUCAUCCAAUGCUGUUAAGAGUUUAUGUGAUGCUAUGUAAUCUUGAUCCAACAUAUUAUUGUGAAUACAUUUUUACUCUAUAAAUUUGAAAUGUUGUUGUCUAGGA